AUGGCAGCCAUGGCCAAGUCCGAACACUCUGCACAGACAGCAGUGGAGGACAGCCAGAAGAUCUUUACUGAGCUGAUCUGCUCCAUAGAGAGAAGGUGCUGUGAGGUGAGAGAGCUGAUCAGGGCCCAGGAGAAGACUGCAGUGAGUCAGACUGAAGGGCUCAUACUGAGACUGGAGCUGGAGGUGGCUGAGCUGAGGAAGAAAGACUGUGAGCUGGAGCAGCUUUCACACACAGAGGAUCAUAUCUAUUUUCUACAGAACUGCCAGUCAAUCUCUAAAUCGACUGAACUCACAGACACACCCAGAAUCACAGUGGUUCCUCUGGUGGAUUUUGGUCAAGUUCGAGCCUCGGUAUCAGCACUCCAGAAGAGAUUGGAGGACCUGUUCAAAGGGGAAUGGCCCAAAAUAUCCAGGGCAGCGGGCACAGUGAAACUCCUGCAGUGUUCAGAGCCCCGGAUCAGACCAGAGUUCUUAUACUAUUCUUGUCAGCUCACACUGGACCCCCGGACAGCCCACAGGGACCUGAGUGUGUCUGAGGAGAACAAGGUGGUGACAGUGAGGGCCAGGGACCACUCCUGCCUGGAGCACCCAGAGAGGUUUGAUCACUGGAGCCAGGUGCUGUGUACUGAGGCCCUGUCAGGGCGCUGCUACUGGGAAGCCGAGUGGAGCGGGAGUGGCAUCAAUAUGGCUGUGGCGUACAAAGAGAUGACCAGGAGAGGAGAGGGCAACAACUCCCACUUUGGACGCAAUGACAAGUCCUGGAGUUUGUUCUGUUCCAGAAAAGGUUGUACCAUCUGGCACAAUAACGUGGCCACUAGAAUACCCACUUCAACCUCCUCUAGGAUAGGAGUGUACCUGGAUCACAGGGCAGGAAGUCUGUGUUUCUACAGCGUCUCUGACACAAUGACCCUGCUCCAUAGAGUCCAAACCACAUUCACUCAGCCCCUCUAUCUUGGCUUUGAGUUUAUGUGUUUCGGAGUCUUCGUUAAAUUGUGCCAGAUGGAAUGAAAGCGAAAUAACAGCUGAGAGAAAGGCAUUAGCAUGUGUGAAAAUUUGUUUCAUGGUGAAGUUAAUAAUUGAUAGUCUCAGAUGUCGCUCACCCCAGUUUGUAUUUGUUUAUUACUGAAUAGUUAAAGUGUAGUUUAGUUACUGUAGAGUUGAUAUAAUUUGUAUUUUGCUGGCAAAACAAAGUACAAUAUUUUCAAUGCAAAUUCUGCAAAUACCUUCUUGUGAAAUUAAAAGAAAAGUCUAUCCCAUUCUCUAAUCUGACUGUCAUCACAUCCCCAUUAUGUUGAUUUGAAAUGGUCAUAUUAAGGGCAAUAUCAAUAGCACUGACAUUUGUGUUUUUAUCAAAAGUAUCACAAGUAACCUCAGUGGCAACAGCACAGCAGUGCGCAAAAGUCCAGUCUGUUGCGAAAUAGACAUGAACAAAUGUCAUACUGUCUCUCACGCACACACGAACAGGGCUGGAAGUUCCUUUUUCUUUGUUACACAGUAACCACACCUCCUGUAACUGCUGGUUGAACCAGGAAGUACAAUAUAAUUCCUCAAUUUUCCCUAUCAAAAGAAAUCAAUACGGUUCUCUUUCUCUCUCUCUCUCUGGCUGUUUCUCCUGUACUCUCUGAAAUGGCACAGGCAGAGGAACUCCUCUACCAGGAUCAAUUUCUCUGUCCAGUGUGUCUAGAUGUGCUAGGAAAUCAAGUGGCUAUCCCCUGUGGACACAGUUACUGCAAGCCCAGCUAACAACAAACACUGGAGAAUGUUCCCUUAAGAGUCUCAUUAAGUCCUUAACUAACAUUUUCAUAGGAAUGUUCCCGUGCAAGGAAUGUUUCCAAGAGAUCAUUCCCUUAAUGUUAAAUAGAACUCACCCAGAACGUGGUUACCAUGUUCUCAGAACUUAAGAUAUUGUUAUAGACAUGUUUAAUGGGAACGUUUCAUGAACAUUCAUGUCCAGUUUUCUGAGGGUUAAGAGAAUAUUCCAUCAACAUCCACAGAACAUGGUUGCCAUGUUCUUAGAACGUAAGAUAUUAAUGUUCUAGACACGUUUCAUGAACAUGUAUGUGUCUGCCCAAAACAUCUAUACACAUCACUGUUGCCCUGAUUAGUGAACCAUUGAUAUCUUUUUUCUGUUGGUGUUACGUUCGUCGUUAGGAGACCACGGGUGCAGCGUUGUAGGCAUACAUUUUACUUUAUUAUCAAAUGACGCCAAAAAAACAAAACGAACGUAAAGCUCUGUAGCGCUUGUAGUGGCAUUUUUCUGCUUUACCAAAUGAGGAGAGUUACAAACUACACACCAGUCAGAGUUAUACUUAAAUUAUAUCUUUAAUAAUAUGAGCUUUGCCAUAGCGCAUCAUUGAAAGUCAAAAAGAGCUAUCUCUAAUUGAAAAGUACCAACAUAAAAGUACAAAGAUCUUUUAUAGCCAAGAUACACCCCUCUCAACUUACAUGACGAAUCACAGAUCUUAGGAACUGUUCACAAUGAAAUACUUUUUCUUGAGAAAGGAGUAUCCCUUAGCCAGAUAACAUUCACUAUUAAUUAUCGUUGAGUUUGGUCCCUCAGACGAGGUUCUAAUCUCGUUCCUGGUACUUCAUAGUACAAAACCAUUACCUCAUCCAAUCUGGAAUGCUCUUUAGGUUUUAUCACCCAAAGACAUCGUAAAUCUCCUCUGUCAGUGCUAUCUCAUAGAGGCCCAUCCUCAGUGGAACACACACACAAUACUCUAUUCUGUCAAAUAAAACAACCAUUACAAUGCAAUACAAACAUUAUAACAUAAUCUUGCAAUUUUCCACAACACGCUAAACAGCAACUAUACAAAG